AUGGAAGAGAUAUUGAAAGAGAUUCCCAACUUAGACGCGUCUAUACCCCUUAAAUAUGCCGAUAAGCUCAACACGAAUCACCUACCUACCUCAGACGAAGCCGUGGAGCUCAAGGGUUUCGUGUCAGGCAUAAACAACGAGGUCGACAAACUUACCCAGGAAAUCAAGGCGCUCGAAUUAUCCUUGCGGGUCCUCCAGGUCAAACGAAUAAGAUACAAAGAAGCCGCAGCCCCCUACCAAGCCCUAUCGUCCCCAUUGCGCACCUUUCCCCCCGAACUCCUGCAAUGCAUAUUCGCUUGGUUACGUGGCGCCGCAUCUCCCUCGCCACGCCGGAGAUAUGGGCCCGAGUCCACAUCGUUCCACCCAACAUCAGGUGUCUGUCCUUUGGACGUGUCGUUUGUUUGGUUUGGAGGUGAUUCGGACGACGAGAUAGGGUUAUGCGGGACGUUGCUUGAGGCGCUAGUCCCGCUCUCUAAGCAGUGGAGGCAGUUGGAUUUCCAGGUUCCGCUCAAGAUGUUCAAGCCGUUCGAAAAGCUCGGGGUGGGCGACGUACCGCUACUAGAAGGGAUGAGUCUGUUGGAUAACAGGUCGACGUUUGAAACGGAGGUCGUAGAGGAUUGGCCCGAGAGCCUGAUGUUUGCUGGGUCCGCCAUGCGGUUGCAGAAGUUCACCCUCACAUUCUUUUCAGGGGGCAUGCGCCUCCCCUCGAUACAUUGGUCGCAGCUGACGGUGCUAUACCUCGAAUCCAAUAUUGCAUUUUUCUUUACAGAUUCCUUUCACAUGCUCUCUACCCUUCAACUGUGCACCUCCCUAGAAAGCUGUACCCUCAAAUUUCCCUUAUCGCAUACAGCUUCACUGCCUCGCUACAGGAAGGUCGACAUCGCGGUCAACCUCCCACGUUUGAAUAUGCUCUGCCUGGACGGAGACCAGAACCUUCCAAAUACAUUUCACAUGUCGAACACUCUUGAUAACCUCUGCCUCCCAAAACUUCAGCAUCUAGAGAUUCAAGGCCGGUCAGGUAGCCCAGAGGACUCCACUGUCCCGGAGCCCCUGACGUCCAUUAGGAAACUCCUCGAGCGCUCAAAGUGCUCUUUGGACAAGAUAAAGUUGGAAUCUCUCGAUUUGGCGGAGUCCGAGUUCAUGGCGUGUUUGAGACUGGCGCCUGAACUGACGGAGCUGGCGGUGCAUAACUGGGGAUUGAGGUUGGGUCCUGUGCCUAUGGAGGAGUCGUCCCCUGCGGUGGUUGAGAAUCAGAUCUUGAGAGCGUUGACGGUAAACGCCGCAAGUGAUCUCCAUUUGGAAAUGGAAGUGGAGGGCGAGGAUAAGAAAGAACACCCUGUGCAACUGCCACACGAAGUGCUGUGUCCCAACUUGUCGAGCUUCGACUUUACCUUGUGUGGCGCCUCGCAAGAACUGCUAUGUCAAUUCGUCGAGUCAAGGUGGAAUUUGGGCGCCCCAGUGCGACAGUUGAAGUCGGUUAAAGCGAACUUCACGGCACGCGAGGACCUUGAUGUUGGGGCGCGGUUGAAGGCUAUGAGGGAUAGGGGGUUGGAGCUUGUUGUGGCCUUUCAUAACCCUUUGACGGAUGAGCCGAACCCGUCACCUUGGACGGGGUUGAGAUUCAUGCUUCGUGGUGGGUUGGCCCUUAUCAAGGUAUCCGUACGGGACGGACACCUUCAGUCUGGCCUCAACAACGUCACCCUACGGCUUUUGAGCUUCUUUGCACGCGGUAACACAGAAACAACAGCAUCGCGAUGCGCCCUGCUUCCACUGGACGUCUACGGAGGGUCCAUAGGGAGAGUGUUGAGAAUGGCGUGCACUGCUGCACAUUAGAGAGGGCUGCUGAUCUCUUUCACGUCGUAUGGAAUACACGAUAUUUCAUGUAGUUUCGGGAUGGAAGUCUAUGAUUUUUCUCGCUC